GGGUAAUCUGAUUGGUUGGACCGAAGACCGGAAGUGCGUCUCUUGUCCCAGCUGUGUGCUGAAAACAAAACAAGAGAAGCUGCGACUGCACCAUGAUGGAUGAGCUGGUGCAGGACCUGGUGUCUGCACUGGAGCAGGCCUCAGAGCAGAGUAAGCUGGGGGAGCUGUGGGAGGAAAUGGUCCUGAGUCCUCUGCAGCAUCGACGGCAGAUUCGCCGUCGCAGAGGCCGGAAGCGUUUUCGUGAACCCUCCUUGUACCCAGUGGCACGCAGACGAUGCUGGAUUGAGGCAUCAGAGUCCAGCUUGGAUGAAGCUAAAGACUACAGAGAGAAUCCCUCCUCCACAUUUGCUGCAUCUGUGGCCAACUGCAGCGACUCUGAUGACAUGACUGCAACUGAACAUUGGCGAUCCCUCGUGAGAGGUCCGGUCAGGACCAGGCAGCCCUCCUGGCCAGAAUCUGACUCCUUUACUGAGAAUAAUCCCGGUCGGCCACUUAGGAGGAGGAGGAAGGUCAAACGUAUGACCUCAGAUGUGACAGUUAGACUGCAGCAAAACUUAAAAGUUUCUGGUGUCGAUGGGAAACAGAGGCGCAGGCCCUCUAAGGUGCAGCGUCUACCGGCAUCGGACAGGAGGUCUGGUGGCUGGAUGGGAGCAGAAAGACAGACUGAAGGAGGCAGACUUAUGGGAAAGGAGUGUUGGAAAAGAAAGAUGACAAAGGAACGCAGGGAUGCUGCAGAUGAGAACAUGUCUGAAGGGGAGACAAGCAGCACCUGCAGCAGUGACCCUGGUCUGUUCACCAAUGAUGAAGGAAGACAAGGUGAUGAUGAGCAGAGCGACUGGUUCUUUGAAGGGGACUGUGGAGUAGGAACAGGUGUGGCCAGUCUGCUGCCCAACUGGGACUCUGACAGCCCACUUUCGCUUGAGGAUCGACACACUCCUCCCAACUUUCUGCAGCCUGCACGAAUCUCUGACAGAGGAUAUCGUUCACGUAUUAAACGGCUGCCUGGAUCUGCUGCCUGCUGCCUUAAGAGGGACAGAAGGCGGCUUCCCAGGAAGGGUAACAACAUGCCAGUGUUUGUAGAAAGACUGCGGCACUACUCGCAAGAUCGUUACCAGAGAGACUUUUGGUUGCCUUCUGUUGGGAAACGAGACCGAAGUCAGUUGAAUCCACUGUACCCAUUACCAGUGUGUCCUAUGGACAUGAUGUCAGAGAGCUCCCACCUCAGAUGUUCCUCCUCAGUCUUCAGGAACAGGCAGACAAAUUUCACUCCAGGAGUGUUAGGCUCAGCAGACAUCAGGAGGUGGAGAGAGACUGAGGCUGCAUUCAUCACAACAUCAGCUAGCACCACAUUUCAUAUAGAUAACCAGAAAGAAGAGGUGAAAGGAGGAGCCAGCAAUGCAUCAAUCCUAGAAGCAGAGGUACCAACAAGUCAGUCCUCUGCUUCUGCUCAGCCUGAGAGUUCGUCUUUACUCCAGGGGGACCAUGAGGACACCUGAAUGGGGCUUGAUAGGCACAUCUAAUUCCAGCAGAAAGUGUCGGGAAGGAAGCUAUUGUGCCAGAGAUUGAAAAAGCUUGAACUUCUAUUGCUGCACAAACUUUAUAACAAAGGAAAAAUACAAAUCACAUCAUUAGUCUUCAAAUCAGCAUGUUCCUGCUAGAUUCAGCCCCCUUCCAGGUAGUAUAUUAAGCAUGACAAAUGUUAAUGCAAUCAAGCCUUGUUAAGCCCUCCGCCAUCUCGUAAAGGAAGAAGGCAGCUUCGAGAGACUCCUCGUUUGACUCUGGACUUGGCGGCUCCUCCUGUUUCCACACUGUGUCUCCAGGCCACCUGCUACUGCACAAUUGAACAAUUAUGUCCACUCUAGUAGCACAGCACUUGUCAGCAGGAACCUUCGAAAGAUGGCCAGUUGAGGCUUGGUGGCCAGGGGGAGUCUGCUCUACUUUAGGGUGGGCAACAAUGACUGUACAACAGCUAGUUCUAAGGCAGAAGAGCAUCACAAUGUUUAGCUACCACAUGCUGCGGCAGAGUUCAGAGAGGCGACCACCGGUGGAAAGCCACACAAAGUACAGGCCUCCUAUUAGCAUGGAUUUGAAAAGCUACAGUUGGUACAAAGGUGCUCAUUAGCACAACACAGAGGGAGUGUAGUCACGGUCCUCUGAGGGCUGCCUCUGUUCUCUUCAGGUUACCUUCUAUAUUUAAAUUUCCCCAAACAUAUUUAAAGUUCAAGGCCAGCUGCAAGUCUGUUUGAACAGGCUGCUUUUCAGCAGCGCUGGACGAGUCGCCUUUGGAGCUGUACAGAAAGUGGAUGGAAGCCAGCUGAGAGGAGUUGGAGGAGCUGUUGGAAACAGGACAGGAGAGUCAUAUGCAGUAUUUUCACCUACCCUUAGGGUAAACAGUUCCCUGGCUCCCUUACCAUCAGAUGCAUUAAAAGAUCAAUGGCAGCAUACAGUGAGAUCAAACACAACAGUUUUAGCUAAGCGGGUCAACAAGCAGUAUUUUCAGAAAAACCUAAUGUAAACAGUGAUAUAUACGUACAAUUUGUAUUGGUGGAAAAUUUGCAGUCUGUAAAGGCAAUAAAAAUAUACUCACAGACAACCUACCUCACGCUGGUAAAAAUAGUCUGGAGAUAUUUUAUCAGGGAAUUGCAGCUUGAAGUAGUUGCUUUUUUUAAAAUUUAAUUAAACGUAUCAAAAAUUCUGCAUGAAUCAAACAUAUCAGAUACGUAUCUGAAACAAGAUAUCUUUCAGAAAAAUUAAUCGCACACUCACCACCUGCAUAACGCAUGUCUUUUCACACUUUAAAGCCUUAUUUAAGAGAAGAAUAGCAUUUAAUAGAAUGAGAUUUGCCAAUUAAUAUGAGUUAUAUGUCUGCAAUAAUCUACCUGUGAAGGCUUUAUGUGAUCAUGUUGGAGAGGGAUGACAUUUAUAAAUGCUGUGUGUGCACACUAGUCUAAAUGGAUGCUUCACCCAAGACAUCCUGCCAGUGAAAUCAGUCAAAGUGUUGAGGUAGAGGGCCCCCAACCCCCUCAGCAACUGCUGCUUCUCUUCCUACAGGUUGACUGUAGGCUCUUCUCACUCCCUGAUUAAUAGGAGUUGCUCUGUUUGGGAUUCAUUAUUAGACAAAAAAGCUUUUGAUAAAAAUAUUGAUGGGUUCUUGGAGAUAUAUGCCCCUAAACUUGUUGACAAGUAUUGACCGUGGUGUUUUAAAGAGAGCUUUGUGCUGCUGCCAUGUCUGACAGUCUGUGUUUUGGUGCCAGGGCCCUGACAGGAAAGGAAGAUGCAUCAGUUCAUGUACAACAGGAGGAGAGGAAUACCUCACCUGCCACUGUGUAAUUAGCAGUCACCAUAAUGACAACUCAAUCAGACCUUAUGCCCCAAAAUGAAUUUCCAUUGGCAAGGAAAUAGGGGGGAAUGGCAUCUGUGCAGCCAGUCAAUUGUCCUGUUACAGUUAAGGAAUCCAGCAGGCUGGUACCACUCAUAUUUCAUCCCAGGUAAAGAUUACCUGUCAGGCCCAUGGGAGAUGUAUUGAUCUGUUUUCCUUUUUCCGCCAGCAAUCACCUGACAAAGGCACCUAGGAGGUGAGUGAAUGACUGAUGCUUGGUCUGUCUGCUCCAGCCUGGUGGCUUCUAGUGUCCACUGAUGGGUGGAGAUGGGGAUAAAUAAGAGGAGAGACCAUGCAGUCAUAAACUUUGUUUGAACCUCAUCCGUAUGCAUGCAGGGCACACCACCCCAGGUCAUAGGCCAGUGGGGAAUUAGCUUUUUUUUUUGUUGUUGUUUUUUCUUGUCAGUGGCAUUUGUUCCUUCUGUGUAGCUCAUACUGAAGAUAGAAAUGCAUGCAAAGGAGCCAUUGUGGUUCCUGCUGACAACUGCAUGUCACAAGUCCCCAUAGUUCAGCUUACUUUGUAUUUCAGAAGUGAUCCAAUAGAUGUGGACACCAUUUAAAAAAGGAAAUCCAGCAUUGUGUGAUUGAUUGUUUCUGUAUCUGACAAUGAUCAACAUCUUUCACAGUAUCAUGUAUUUUUUGGCAGCUAAAAGUAUUUAUGUAUUUGCCUUGUUCAGUGGAAUGUCAGUAUAUAUUACUCAUGAGGCCAUACAUUUAAAGUGAUGCAAUAUAAAAAAAAAAGUGUAGUAUUUAGGCUGUAAUAAUUAUACAACCUCUAAUUGAGGAUUUAGGUCUGAUGACAUUUAAUUUGUGAAUGAAAUUACAUGAUAGAUAGUACAGUAGAUAUGUCUCUAUUUUUUUUCUAAACUCAUAUUUUUAAAUUUCAUUUACAGGGAUUUAAAAAAUCUUGGCGAUAUCAGGGCUCCAAGGCAGCUAUCCGCAUUUGAUAUGUUGUACAAAUGACAUCUUAUCUCUUAAGGCUCUUAUCUUUAUGCUUAAUAGGAGCAGUGGAGGCAUGCCUAAUUGCUUUGCAAAUGAUCUAAAGAGGAUUACGUCCCCCUUAGAAAGCCUGCACCAUGUCACUAGAUGUGAGAGAGACAUUACAAAGAAAAACUCACUCAAACUUGGAGUGCAGUGUUUCUGUAGUAGCUCAGUUUUUUGGGAUCAUCAAUUAGUAUUAUGUCAAAUAAAUUCCAGGAGAACACGGAUUGUCUCAUCUUUGCAACUAUAACGUAUAAGAUCCUGUUUUAAAAAGUUCUGAUUUUAUUUGUCUUUUGUGUAUUUCAAAGUCAAGAUUUUUUAAAGAUGUCUUGCAUUUAUGUUAUUAGUGAUGUUAUAUUUAUUCCUCCAUGUCUCAUGAAUAUUUAAGAAAAUCUUCUGUAUCUACAUUUCAAAUGUUAAAUUCGUGUGCAAUAAAUAUGUUUUGGUGA